AUGGCUGACGUUCACGGGCGAACCCGAAAUUUACUACUUCUACAUCAGCCACAGCCACAACAAUUUUUGCUGCACCAACGACGGCGACGGCAGCUUCAAAAGCGAACCCUCCAACGACAUCUGAAGAAGACUCAUCAACUAAAAAAACGUCAUUUGCUCCAAUCACAUUCAAGAGAAUCGGAACCCUCUCAAAAAAUUCAACAAAAACAUCAACAAAAACAACAACAACAAAUUGAUAAUGUAGGCACAUCAACAUUGUUGACAGCAUACAAUCCACAACAGCGGAUUAAUUCAACCCACGAACAACAACAUGUGUUGAAAUAUAUUACAGACGCCGACCGCAAUGUCGUCAAUCACAUCAAAAAUCAUCGCAUCAGCAACAACAAAAAUUACAGCAACAACAAUUACGACAACAAAAAUGACAGUUUUAUAAAUUACAUCAACGACAAAACACUAAAUAACAUCAACGAGCAUAGAAAGGACGUUCAAAACAUCAGCAACAACUACAACAUCAACAACUACAGCACCAUCCAACUACAUAAAAACGUCACCAAUGAAUCAAUCAAAAGCAUCAGCAGUAGCAGUAGCAGCAGCAACAGCACCACCACCAACAACAACAGAACUCACGACAACGACACGCACUCCCUCACUGCUGAUGAAAACGAUCACCAUCAUCAUCAUUACCAUCACACGAACGAUGAACAUCACCACGAACAUCAUCAUCUCCACCAUCACCACCACCAUCAUGAUGAUCAUUACGAUCCUAGCAAGUCCGAGUAUGUGAAUGACCUUCUGCAUAUCAUCCACAUUGUCCACUUCUGCAGUAUCGCCAUACUGGGCGUCUUUGUUGUACAAGUCUUCUUAAAAAUAUUUGGCAUGGGACUUGAAUUUUUUAAGAAGAAAGUUGAGAUACUGGACGCGGUCAUUGUGAUGACGUCAUUCGUCCUUGACCUGGCCUUCAUAGAUGGCGUGACGGGCAAGCAGGAAGAAGAGGCUGUCGUCAUCCUUAUCAUCCUUCUUCUGUGGAGAAUUCUCAGAGUGGUCAACGGGAUAAUGAUAACGACUAAGAAGAGGCAUGACUUCCGGAUUCAGCUGCAGAAGAGAGCGCGGAGGAGAGCCGAGAAGAGAGUGGAGUAUCUGGAGGAUGACAAGAACUGGAAGGAUAGAGAGAUCGCCAACUUGAAGCGCCUCUGCACUGAGGUGGGAGUCAUGGAGGAAGAGAUUGCAGCGUGCAAACCAAGGAGGAGAACAAUCUUCCAGAAGAUGGAUACAUCAAUGGGAUUAAGUUCUAUUGCAUCCCUCUCCUUGGGACUCUCUAUGUCCAUGACGUGUCAGCAACAACAGCCACAUCCACAGCCACAACUGUCGCAACAGUCGCAACCGCAAGACGCCAAACAGAAACAAAACUCUUUUGCGAGACAAACUAAACGACGAGCUAGUUCGAUAUUUCAGCAACUACCUUCCCAUUUCCAACACCACCAUCAUCAUCAUCUUCAUCAUCAUCCACACUCGUUGCAGCAACAGCAGCAGCAACCACUACUGCAACAUCAGACCAGCGUUCAGCAGCAACAUUUGCUAAUGAUGCAUCAGCAACAUAGCAUCGACAAAAUGACCCUUUCCAUGGCUAGGCGGCCUUCCACCCUGCCAUCUCUGCCUACUCUCAUGAAAACUUCAACGUUUGAUGACGCGACUGCAACAGCCACAGCUACAACCACCACUUCAAAUUUGUCUGAAGUUGAACCGCAGUCGCAGCAACAAACAUUGCAACAAAAACAAGCUGUGAAUACUAAAUUAGCGUUGACGUCAAAAGAAAACAAUGAAGACAAAGAACAAAUUCAGCUGCAAGAGAAGCGACCACUUCAGCAACAGAAACAAGAUUCGUCGACGGAUACGUUUGGCAUGGAACUGCUCAUCUGCCUGACCGCUGAACGCUCAAAAUGUUCACAAUGA